GGAAACUCAUUGUGUUAAAAACAAUGGGGCAUUUGAUUCAACUGGAUGUAGAAAACUUCAAGUCCUAUAAAGGCAAACAAACACUCGGUCCAUUCUACAACUUUACUGCAGUUAUUGGCCCUAAUGGAUCGGGAAAGUCUAAUCUGAUGGAUGCAAUCAGUUUUGUUUUGGGAGUCAAGUCGAGUCACUUGCGUUCUACCCAAUUGCGAGAUUUAAUCUAUCGAGCUGCAGGAGAUAAUUCUGAUAAAAAUAUGCCUUUGGAAUCAGACAGUGCAGAACCCCAUUUUAAUCGCAAUGCUGCUUCUGUGACGGCCAUAUACGAGACCAGUCAAGGCAACCAGAUCCAAUUCACCAGGAUCAUCCAUUCCAACGGAUCAAGCGAUUACAGGUUGGAAGGACACACUGUCACGUAUCAAAAGUAUUUGGCUGCAUUGAAAAAGGAAAACAUUCUGGUCAAAGCACGCAACUUUCUAGUGUUUCAAGGCGAUGUCGAGGCAGUUGCUUCACAAUCUCCAAAAGAUUUGACUCGUCUUAUUGAGCAGAUUAGUGGGUCUAUUGAACUCAAAGACGAGUAUGACCGUCUUAAAAACGAACUGGAAAUUGCUACAGAGGCAUCAGCACAGAAUUUUUCACGAAAGCGAAAUGUGAAUGCGGAAAUGAAACAAUUCAAAGAACAAAAGCAAGAGGCUGAACGAUUUGAGAAGCUCCAGGAGUCCAAGGACAAGCUUGUUCAAACACUUGCACUUUGGAAACUGUUUCAUCUUGACAAGCAUGCAGAAACUCAACAGGAUUUGCUUGUUAUGGAUCACAGAGUGGUAGCGGAUGCUGAUACUCAGCAUGUUGAGAUCAAAUCACGAUUAAAAGGUCAAGUCAAGGCGCUUGCCAAAAGUCAAAAAGAUGUAAUCCGUCUGGAACGAAAUGCAAAGCAACUACAGCAAAAAUUGGACGAUUUGAAGCCUGAUCUACUGCGUGUGGACGAACAGAUUCGCCAUUGUACAAAGAAGCAAAAAAUUGCCAUGAAAAACAAGGACGAAACCGAGGUCGAGCUCCUCAAUCAGUCUGAAUUGGUAAACAUGCUUAAAGAGGAUUUUGGCAAACUGACACGAGCACUGGAUCAAUUUGAAGAGAAAGUUCGCGCUACAAAAAAACAGAGCAAAUCGCUUGGAACUUUGCAACUUCAAGAGUAUAAGCAAAUGCGAACCAAAGUUGAUACACAGCUGUUUGCCGAGCGCCAAUCGCUUUCACUUUUAAAAGUACAGCUUCAAACUGCUAAUGAAGCAAGUAAACGUUUACAAGAAGGUCUUGAAGAGCUUCAGACAAAAGAAUCGAUGCUACUAAACGACCAAAAAAUACACACCCAGCGCAAAGAAAAGAUUACAGCUCAGCUUGGUCAGGUAGAUGACGAGCUCAAGGCAUCUAAGAAAUGUCUUUUAGACAUGGAUACUGAUCUACGUCGUCUAAAUCAAAUUGAAGGCGAAAUUACUGAAAAGCUCUCCGAAAUCUCUUCUCGGUUGCUUCAAGAACGUGCUGAUCGACAUGAGUCGGAAAGAAACAAAAAAUUUCGUGAUACUCUUGAAACCCUUAAGCGCUUAUUUCCAGGCAAAUGGCAAUACUGUGUUCACGGGAGAUUGUUUGAUCUCUGUCAAACAACACAGAAAAAGUAUAACCUUGCAAUAUCUAUUGUAUUUGGUAAAAAUAUGGAUGCGAUUGUAGUGGACACGCAAAAGGUUGCAAUUCAGUGCAUCAAGUAUAUGAGGGAACAGCGAAGCGGCGAGGCCACAUUUCUCCCGCUUGAUACGAUUCAAGCCAAAUCUAUCAACGAAAAGUAUCGCUCGUUUGCAAAAGGAGCGCGCCUUGCUAUUGAUGUUAUACAAUCUGAGCCAAUUGCCGAGAAAGCUUUGUUGUAUGCAUGUGGAAAUGCAUUGAUUUGCGAUUCUAUGGAUGUUGCAAAAUAUAUCUGUUAUGAACGACAUCAAGAAGUGAAAGCCGUCACAUUGGAGGGAACUGUGAUUCACAAGACUGGCAUGAUCACCGGUGGCUGGUCGGUCAAUUCUGACAAUGGCAAGCGCUGGGAAGAAAAGGAAAUUCAAGAUCUGAAACGCUCGCAUGAUGAACUUACUGCUCAACUAAUCAAAAUUCAAAAGGAAAAAAGAAAGGCAUCCCAUGAUGAUCAUAUCAAAUCUGAUAUUUUAUCUUUAGAAUCUCGACAGACAGGCUUGGCUGAUGAGCUAUCAGCAGUGAAUCUCCGACUAGCCACUAUUUCUACCGAAUUAGAAAACGUUUGCAUUUUAAUCAACAAUAAGUCUUUGACCCAUAAAGCUGCGGUUGCUAGUGCCAGUGCUCUCUAUGAGCAAGUUCAAGACGCUGAUAGGAAAAUUAUGGAUGUAGAGCAAUCUGUGUUUGCAGAUUUUUGUCGCAAAAUCCAUGUUGCCAAUAUUCGUGAGUACGAAGAGAAUCAACUUCAAGCGUUGCAAGAGACGGCCGAGCAUCGUUUGAAACUGACCACUCAGCAUGCCAAACUUGAAAGUCAGCUUACAUUUGAGCAGCAACGUUUGUCCGAGUUUACUGCACGCGUUGGUUUGCUUUCCGAGACUCUACAGUCGGACACAGUGUUGCUGUCUGAAUUUCAAACGAAAAAAGAUGCUAUUCUUCAUCAGUCCGCCGGGCUCGAAGCCCAGUGUACUUUGACCGAUCAAGGCUUGUGCAGUGCUCGCGAAGAUAUGGAAAAGCAUAUUGGAUUGGUUACAGGAAUCAAAAAGGAAAUUACCGAGCUUAACAAAAAUCAUGAAUUAGUUUCUAAAAAUAUGGCAGCCAAGGAAGCAGAGAUUGAACGGUGCAUAGCUGAAAAGAUUUUAGUGCUUCGUCGGUGCAAAAUGGAAAAUACUCAAGUUCCACUUGAAGGCAGAAAGAUGAAUGAUGUUACUUUGGAGGAGCUGGACGUGAACCCUAAUCAAAUGGAUGUAGAUAUGCAAACAUCUGGAGAUAGUAGUGGUACCAAAUAUAUGACUGCCAACCGCUUACACCGUAUUCAAGUAAACUAUAAAUCGCUGAUAAAGAUGUAUCGUGAAAAGAGUGGCGAUGAAACAGAGCAAGAAUUUCUUGAUCAGAUCAAGGAAAUGACAGCAGAGAUUGAACGAAUUGCACCAAAUGUUCGAUCGACCGAUCGGCUUGAUGAUAUUGAAACAAAAUUCAAAGAAACUGCUGAUGAAUUCGAACGGGCUCGGUUGGAUGCCAAAGAGGCCAAGGACCGUUUUCAAGAAAUCAAAACUCAAAGAUUUGAGUUAUUCCACAAUGCUUAUUUGCAUAUUGAGAGCGUCAUUGAUAGCAUUUACAAGGAACUCACCAUAUCCACCUCAUUUCCAGUAGGUGGUACGGCAUACUUGAGUUUGGAAGAUAGCGAGGAGCCAUAUCUAGACGGCAUCAAAUACCAUGCCAUGCCUCCCAUGAAACGAUUCAGAGAAAUGGAGCAACUUUCUGGAGGAGAAAAAACAGUGGCAGCACUUGCACUCCUGUUUGCAGUACAUAGUGUAUGUCCAGCACCAUUUUUUGUGUUGGAUGAAGUAGAUGCAGCUCUUGACAACACCAACGUUGCCAAAGUGACCAACUACAUUCGGAAUCAUGCGUCCGAUACGAUGCAGUUUGUAGUGAUCUCACUCAAACCGACCUUUUAUGAAAAUGCCGAAAGUUUAGUUGGUGUUUACCGAGACCAAGAUCAGUGUAGCAGCAGAGUGCUUACUAUGGAUUUGUCCAGAUUUGAAGAAUGAAUUUACAUUUGCAAUGUU